AUGGAUUUGGAGUUCCGCAAUCUCACGUACUCUGUGUAUAGCCGCAUAACAAAAGUUGAACUGAGACAAGUGGUUAAAGGCGUCAAUGGUAGAUUUUUGUCUGGACAGCUUGUUGCCAUCAUGGGUCCAUCGGGUGCCGGUAAAAGUUCUCUGCUCAACGCUAUUUCUGGAUACAGAUCAGCUGGAGUUACGGGUGAACUGCUUGUUAACGGGCAGAUUCGAGACGAGCAGCUAUUCCAGAGAUCAUCGUGCUACAUCACGCAAGAGGAUCUCCUCCAACCCUAUCUCACAGUACGAGAAACGCUAGAUGUCGCAGCCAGCCUAAAAGUGGCAAAAGGCGAGACGGCGCAUUCCGAAGAAAUACUGCAAGAGUUGGGUCUUUUGGAGCACCAGCAUACAAAGACAGAUCAAUUAUCAGGCGGACAAAAGAAACGGUUAUCAAUAGCCUUGGAGUUGGUUAACAAUCCUCCAGUUUUCUUCCUGGAUGAACCAACUAGCGGGCUAGAUACCGUCACCACAGUCCAGUGUGUGAAGCUUUUGCGACAACUGGCCAGGCAGGGCAGGACUGUUGUUUGUACAAUACAUCAGCCUACUGCCUCUCUUCUAGAACUGUUCGAUCAGGUAUACGUAAUCGCCGAUGGACGAUGUAUAUACCAAGGCGAUACAGAAGCCAUGGUACCGCACUUACAAAGUGUGGGGCUACCUUGUCCCAGACACCAUAACCCCGCUGAUUUUAUAAUUGAAAUUACAGAAAAUCCUCAAAAUAUAAAUAUGUUGUGCGAAGAAAUCGAGAACGGAAAGCUCUACAAGUCUUCCAAGUUCGAUGUCCCUCCGAUUGAACCCAUAAACAACUUAGAACUCAAAAUUUGCUAUCAAGCGGGAGAUGAGCCAGAAGAGACACAAAUUGUUCUAUCCAAUGAACAAUGUAUAUACAAGGGGAACCAAUACGAUGGAGUGAGAAAUUCUCUGACAUCACUUUCGAGUCAAGUUUCAAAGGGUAACUCGUCAUUAGCAUGGAUGAGGGUUCAAAAAUCUGAUCCCAAACUGUACCCAACAACAUAUUUUGAGCAGUUCUCGAUUUUGCUUAGAAGGAUGAUAAUACAAAUAUCAAGAAAUCGGCAAGCUCUCUGGAUCCAAACAAUUCACCAUAUCAUGUGCGGCGUGUUAAUAGGACUGUGCUUCUUAAACAUGGCGAACGACGGCACGCAGAUGUUCAAUCACUUGAAGAUGUGCGUUGGUCUGGUCAUAUUCUUCGCCUAUACCCAGAUAAUGGUGCCGGUUCUUGUCUAUCCGCAAGAAGUGAAACUUGUGAAGAAGGAGCAUUUCAACGGCUGGUACAGUCUAUCGCCUUACUACGUGGCUUUGACUGUCUCCAAGUUACCAGUUCAAGUGACGCUCAACAUCGUAUUUUGUACGAUCGUUUAUUUUAUGGUGGGAGUGCCAUUUGGAACUUCCAGGUUCAUUUGCUUCUGCCUCAUAGGUAAUGUCGUUUCACUGGCCUCUGAAGGACUGGGUAUGGCCAUUGGAUCCAUGUUUAGUGUCAGGAACGGUUGCGCCAUUGGACCAGCAGCAAUCGCUCCCUUCCUAGGCCUGGCUAUCUACGGUUUCGACUUCGCUCACCGCAUCCCCUUGUUAAUGAACAUCCUAAUGAAGACUUCAUUCAUCCGCUGCGGCGUGGUCGCCAUGGUUCUGACCAUUUUCGGCUUCGGCAGGACUCCCUUAGAUUGCAAGGAUGUCUACUGCCAUUUCGCGAAACCAGACGUUUUAUUAAAAUACUUGGAUAUAGAAAAGAGCUCCGUCUGGUUUGAAAUCGGUAUUAUGGUCACGUUAAUGGUCAUCUUCAGGUCAAUAUGCUAUAUGGGUUUAAAAUGGAGAUUUGCCACAUGA